AACAGCGACAUACCCUCCUUCGGCUUCAGUCGUCUCCCAGCCUCCACGCGAAUUUCCUAUUUUGUUGUUUGUCGGAAGUCCAACUUAUUUUUUCAGCCGCGCGCCGUUGCAAUUAGACUCGUACUCGUACUCGACUGGUGCUCACGAGAACAUCCGUUUCUAAUUCAAUCAACGAGCGCAAAUAUGUCCGGGCUCAUGAGCAAGCGCCAGCAGGCGCGGAAUGAGAAGGUCUUGCAGGAUCUUGUACAUAACGUACCAGGAAAUAAUUUUUGCGCCGAUUGUCAAGCAAGAAAUCCAUCUUGGGCAUCAUGGAAUCUUGGUGUUUUUCUCUGCAUGCGAUGCGCAGCCAUCCAUCGCAAAUUGGGCACUCAUAUAUCUAAAGUCAAAUCACUCAGUAUGGAUAGUUGGUCGAACGAUCAAGUCGAAAGUAUGAAACGAGUGGGAAACGACGCGUCGAACAAGAUUUAUAAUCCCCAGAAUAAGAAGCCGCCGGUACCGAUCGAUGCUGACGAAGCUGAUUCCGCCAUGGAACGAUUUAUACGGGCCAAGUACGUUCAACAGAAGACAGCAAACGGGACGAAAAAGCAUAAUACUGGAAGCUCGGACGAAGGUACUCCGCCGCCGCUACCGCCUAAGACUGGUAGUCGUUUCUUCUCUUUUCGGUCUAAAAAGGAUACACGUCCACGUGAAAGCGUUUUCGGUGUCCAUGACCCUCCACGCAGCCCUGAUCAGUCGCGCAACAAGGCUCCUCCUAAGGUCUUUGGAGCUAGCGUGCAUCAAGACACCCCAGAGGAUAUGGCACAGAAGUUGACACAACUCAGGGAUAUGGGAUUUACGGACGACAAACGCAACGCUAUGAUUUUAAAGGGUGUCAAUGGUAAUAUUGAAAAGACAAUAGAAGCUUUAGUACGGCUAGGAGAAGGUGGAGGAGGACCCCCGUUAUCUCUACCAAGUCGUGACAGUUCUAGACCUCCUCCGACCUCUAGGUCGUUAACUCCUCAGCCCUUGACGCCGAGAACCGCGCCCUCCAUCGGGCUGUCCAAGUCUAGUCCACCGACAGCGCGGAGUCCAGCCAGCACCGUGUCGAACAACCCAUGGGACAUACAGCCAGCUCAGCCCCAGUCGUCGCAGUCGACAGGAACUUUGCAGAACAGGAACCCCUUUUAUGCUACGAAUCCGUUUGGGGCGCCGAACCAGCAAGCCGAUUUUAACUUAAACCAGAGCUUGCAGAACUUGAACUUGUCCAUAGCACCGGCUCCUCCACAGGCACUAUUCCCACAUCAUACUGGGGGAGUACCGGCUCCGCAGCCCAUGGCGCAGUCUUUCUACUCGCAACCCAUGACUCCGCCAAUUCCGCAAGCACAGAAUUUUACACAGCACUCACUUACCAGCAGUCAGAGCUAUUUUCAGCUGCCUCCACAGCAACAGCAGAGCUACAACCCGUUCCUACAAGCUCCCGCAAAUCCGCAGCCCGCACUUUCAUUAAACACUUCCCCGUUCCAGAACCACGGCUCUCUUGCAAAUAACCCUUUCGCUAGAUCUCCUACUAGAGUCGUAUCGCCAACUUUAAAUCAGAUACCCGAACAGUCGCAACAGAAUUUCUAUAAUAAUUCAUCCCACUCUGCGUAUGCGAGCAAUGCGAGCAACCCAAGCAACCCAUUCUUUACGACGAGCCAGCCUGUACAAGCGUCCGCUCCAGCCGUGAUGUCUCAGCCACCCCAACAAGCAUGGUACGAGACGCAACCCCCUGCACAAGUGGCAACUCAACCGGUGUACCAGCAGCAGCAGCAACAACAGCAGCCUCAGCAGCCUCAAAGGCCUGAUACUGCUUCCAUCAUGGCUCUAUAUAACUACCCUCAGCUAGCCCCGGCUCGUCCACAGGUCCAAGAUCAGAGUGCGUCCAGUACGCAGAUAAAUCAAACAGCCCCUCAACCAGCACAGGCGCAGGUACCUCCGCAACAAAACACAUCAUCACCCCUAGCAGGAAGUAAUAACCCCUUUAUGCACAAUGCGGCAACCCCCGUUCCAAACGCAGCCGCGGCUCCAUCGCCGUUCGCCGUGCCCAGUAAUCCCAAUCCAGUUCCCUCAGGUGCCAGGAGCAGAGAGAGCAUGACUUUGGGGAUGGAGAUGGCUUGGAAUAACGGCCGACACAGUCCAGAUGCGUUCGCCAGCCUGAGCGCGAGGAGCGGUUAAUUAUAGAUGCCCUGCACAUACGUGUAUAU